CUUUCUGCCCAAGCAAAUAUCAAAUUAAAAUACUGAGGGGAAGAGAGAGAGAGAGGAAGAGAGAGAAGAGAGAGCAGAGCAGUGUGUAUCCAUUCACAGGGAAGAGUCCGCCGACUUCAAUUUCCGCUACCGUCAACGGAGUCGGAAACUUCCUUUUUAUCCAUCUUUAUUCCACCGCCCCCUUUCUUAGAACCGGAGAGAACGGUGCCGUAUCAUCCCCCUUUUCUCUAUCCGAUUCAUACUGUUCCGUCCUCCUCCUCCACCUCUCCUUCUCUCUCUCCGCCUUUCUAGUAUUAGGGUUUUUAGCGCCUAAUCGGAACGUCGGCGGAGCAGAAUAGCACUCGUCGUCCGCCCAAAUCGCUUUCGUCAUCCCUUGUGAUGUAUGAUCGACGGUGUGCAGAGCUAACUCUAGGCUUGUGAGAUAAAUAAGGGAGCUUGCUUGCUUCCAGAGAUAGUGUUGAGUGUUUAUAUAGGAGAGGAGGAACAUGUAUAUGAUCAUCGUUAGUUGCAGUGUUAGGCUUACCCAAAUGGCUCUGAUUGCAUCCUGACUUUCAAACUGGUGGCUGGAGGACAGAGUUGUUGCGUUACUGUAAAUCCAAACCUUUGUUCUUCAGAGUUUUAUUAGUGAUAGAUCUAGUAGCUAGACAUGGAAACCAAGUUCGGAAAGGUGUUGGAUAGAAGAAGCAAGGUUAUGCUCGGCUUAAAGAGAAAGCGUGCAUCCCGCUGUGCGGCUAAUUUUGCCAGAGCUUCGCAAACAGUGUUGGCUGACUGUCCUGCUUUGGAUUGUUCUACUCCUAUGCUGGGAAAACGAAGGAGAGUUAAUGAUCGCUUGGGCAAGCCUACAAGCUGUGGCUUUCCUUGCAAGAAAUCCAUUCUCCAGCGAUAUUCCAAUUUUUCGAGGACUGGAGUGCCGGCACGUCUCAUGUUUUAUCAGAAUGGAGAAUGGACAGACUUUGCAGAAGAUCUUGUCACCUUGGUAAGAAAGGAUCUUCAAAUAAAGAAGGCUGUACUUGAAGUUGAGGUGGAAGGGCGCCAUUAUAUGCUAGAUUUCUUGCAUAUGUUUCAACUUGACUUGAAGACAGGCUCUCAAAUACCAAUUGCUUGGAUCGAUGAAGCAGGUGCCUGCUUCUUUCCAGAAAUUUAUGCUGAUGAUGACGAAUUAAGUAGUGAGGAUUAUGGAAAAAAUCAGUAUGGGCCUCAUGAAAUUAAGCUGCAACUGGAAAUUGACAUAAACAGCGUGGACCAGCAGACUAAGUUGAAGGAGUGUAGCGGGGAGUCGGAUGCUCUUCUCAAGCAUAUCCAAGUUGUUCCCAAACCUGGCAGCGAUCAUUACAUUGUUGAAGUUGAAGAUAGCUGCAACCGGAAGUCUGUUGAAGCUUUCCAAGGAAACCAACAUAUUAAACCACCAUCUGUCCCUAAGCCUCAAUCUUUUGAUGUAAAAUUUGAUUCAGACUCUGUGCAGAAUUUUUUUAUCAGAGGCAUGAAAUGUCCUCAAGGUGCUGAGGUGCUUAAUGUUUUACCGUGUUCGAGCAAUUUGUUACAAGAUCGGUUAGAAAUUUUUGAGAAACAGAUGGAGCUGACCCAGAAGUGCCGUGGUGAUGCAAAUGUUCGAUAUGCUUGGCUUGCUUCUUCCAAAGCAGCAUUGCCUAUGCUUAUGACUUACGGACUGGGACAUUGUCGGCCUUCUGCCACAAAGUUCAGAUAUGCUGUUGGCAUUCAUCUAUCUGCUGCAGAUCAUUGUCACAUCAGUGCCAGUGAUUGUGAUGUUGACGAAAAUGGCACUCGACAUAUCGUAUUUUGUCGCGUGAUAAUGGGAAAUAUGGAGCCUCUUCAGCCAGGGACUCGGCAGUUCCAUCCCAGUAGUGAGGUCUUUGAUAAUGGAGUGGACGAUCUUCAAAAUCCAAGACAGUAUGUAGUUUGGAAUAUGAAUGUGAACACCCACAUUUUCCCGCAAUAUGUUGUUAGUUUCAAGGUCUCUUCCAGUGGUGAAGGUCUUGCGAAUGGGAGCGAGAGCAAGUAUGCUGCCUCUGGUAUCACCACUGCUACAAAUGCAGUUGAGGGGAAUUUCCUGAUGAGUUCUCAUCAUGUGGAUCUGAAUUUACCUGUACAGUCCCCCGUGGUGGAUCUUAAUUUGGCCCCUGCAUCUGAUCAGGUCAGUGAAAGUAGACCGCUUUCUGACUCUGGGGCAUCUAUUGGACAAGCAAAUAGUCUGGGUUCAAGCAAUGGAAGGAAUCAUAGUUCUCCUUGGAUGCCUUUCCCUAAGCUUUUUGCUGCUGUCUCUACUAAAAUUGCUAGGAGGGACAUGGAACUGGUUAUUAAUCAUUAUGAGGAAUUCCGGGCAAAAAGGACGAGCAGGGAAGACUUUGUUAGACAGUUGAGACUAAUUGUUGGGGACACUUUGCUGAAGACCACAAUAAUGAACCUGAACCGAAACCAGGUGGUAUCCAAGCCAGAGGUUCGAAGCAACUAGGUGAAAGUAGCAGAAGCCAGAAGUGGCUUUUGGUGGUGGCGUCAACAAGCUUAAGCUCUCUCUCUAUAUGUUAUCUCUUCCGCUAAAUGAUGGCACCCAGGUGGGCAUCGGGACACUAGGUUCUUGCAAUCGCUCGCAAAUCCUUCUGUGGUGAGACGGAUUUAUCUAUUUGCUGCAGUAGCAAAUCAACGGUUUAGACUCUAUAGACUUGAGGAAAUCAGAAAGGUCCUUACAUCAGAUUUUGCUGAUCCACGAGGGCCAGCCGACGAUCAAUUUUACGAGCUAACGAUGGUCUACAAUGGUACUUCGGUCUUAUUGGAGGCCUCAUGUAUGGUCACAAAACUAUUAAGCUACUUUCUAAUGUGAUGAUUGCUGGACGAAUGAACGCAAAAGAACAAUGAUGGGACAGCUUACUCCCAUCGGGAUAAAUCUGACCCCUUAAUCAGCCCAGGCCGGUUUUACUCUGGUUUCUUUGCUGGUCAUUUUAUCUGGCUCGUGUUGUAAGGGUCAAGAAAAGUAUGUUUCUUGAGCUUUAUCCAUUGAUUGUGUCCGAAAUCCAGACACUGAACGCUGGAUGAAGAUGCAGCGCAGUUAUCAAUCCUGGCAGCUCCAUGCUUUCCCUCUACCACCUGACUUCCACCUUUCUAGCUCGGGUUGGUAAGUUUCAACUGCAAGGAGCAUACACAUAUUUGAUUGUGUAGCUUGACUAGCACAUUUUUUUUCCCCCAGAUUGUUCUACAUGAAGGUUCGGAGUAGAAGUCAAAACACACAUGCUUACAUGAAUCAACUGUUUGCUUAGAAACAGAUUCCAGCAGCUCCUGAGAAUCAACUGGAGUGUACCUGAAACCAGUAUUUCGUAAAAUGUCAGGCACUUGAAUCAUGCAUUAUUAGAAACACCAAGGUAGCAACUACCUUCUCAUUUUGUAUGGAUUGGAUCUGGCCCAAUAACUUUGGACGAAAGUUUAAACAGCCCAGCAACAGAGUUCCGGGAAGCAGCCCAUUGGACAGCUUAUCAGCCUCGUAUGCACUGGGCCAGCUAAAUCGGUUUCCCCUAUUUGACAUUUCUUGGCCCCAAGAAGAGGGGAGUGCAGACGUUCAAAUAACAUGAACUUUCCGGAAGUCGAUGGACCACGACACUAAAUGCUGUAACAACAAAGGAGGGGAUGCAUUUGCUUGCUUGCUAUGAAAUGAAUUGAUGUUGGGUGGUGGUGGUGGUGCAGUUACUUUCCUGUACUGAACUGUCGUCAGUGAACAGAACAUUGCAACAAGGAGAAGAAAGGAAAGGGAAAGGAGAUGAGAUGAGAUGAGAUGAGAUGAAGAAGAAGAUAAGAGUGAAUGCGAACUUAUUUUUCACACACUCCCAAUUCUCUCCUUUUUGUCUGAUAGCAGAGAGAGAGAGAAGUAAAUAUGUUUGCCUCUUUCUUCUGUCACAUCCUUCUCAAAAAGCUAGUCAUUAU